UACAAAACUUUCGGCGUAAGCGCAAUGUCUACGGAAAUGUCAAAAUUCUUUGGCGGAGGCCGCCGUGUAAAUCGAAACAUGGCGCUCCAGACCAAAACAGGAACUGGUGUCGCCGCACAAGGCGGCGAGGCAACAAAACGUGGUGCUGCAUCGAAGCCACCAAGCCAAAGAAAUCCAAAGCCAACAAGGGACGCAGUUGUACCAGGUGCAGCAGGAGCUUCAAGACUAGGAGGAGGAACGGGUGCAUCACAAACGCCAGUCAAUUCGAAUCCAAGACCAUCGAAUGGUGCUAGUGGACCAUCAGCAGCUGGAGCUGUGCCCAAGAGACCAGCGAAUCGAGCAACUACUGCAACCGCGGUGACAGCAGAAGCAGGCAAGACAGUGCCCAGAAGGGCAACUGGUGGUGGUGUUCCCGCAAGGGGGGUUAUGCAAACCACUGCCACAUCCACGUUGCGUCGAAGGGCAGCUCCCCCGCCUCCUGCAAGGAUACCCAUAUCGCGUCGCCUGGACGAGGUUAACUGGAUCAUGAAGCCAUCGGAUAACUUUGUGCCGUGCAGCGAGUCCUCCUCCGAGGGUUUCGAGGAACAGGCCAGCGGGUUGCAGGAGCGCAAGGAGGAUCACGCUGGUGAGUUGGACGGGAGCAGUAGCAGUGGCCAUCUGCACAGGUCGCAGCUACUGAUGUCUUUGCCGGCUGAACGGAUUGGGCGGACAAGGAUCAAGGGUCGAACAUCGCGCAUAUUCCGUGUGCCCAGCCAGCGGAUCAUGCACGUCGAUCAGCUGAUGCAGGCACAGCUGCGCCAGAUGGAUAACCGAAAAACGAGAGCCCAGUCCAGCAGUCGAUCACAUAGUAGGUCCCCCAACUGGUCAGCCAGUAGGUUACCAAGUCCAUUGUCCCAACAAUCAUCCUUUAGGUCGCCAAGCAUCUCGACCAGUUCAAACGAAAUUGCGGAGGUGAAGGAUGUGCUGCUGCGUGAUGCCCGAACCGUAAUACAGAUACCCGCCACCGGGCUGGAAUCCUGUUCUCCCAGUCCGGACGCUAGUCCCGCUCCCAGCCAGAGUCGCCCAAUCAUGAGCAGCGCUUCCACCUGCUGUACCAUGGAGAACGGUGUUAGGAGUAGUACGUCCACCUCAAGUCCAAACUCGAACACGACCAGCAGCAAGACCAGUGUGAUAGAGUGCAUCAAUGGGAUCAGGACGCCGAGUACCGAGCAACUGAAUCCUGGAAUUCAAGGCGCAUUGGGUAGCACGGCCAUUAAGCUGACCUCAACGGUGAUGAGGCUCGUCGAGCCUGUCUCAUCAAAAGUUGACGUAAAAUCGCCGGAAAUUCCCAUGGAAAAGGAUAUGGAGAUGGAGAAGAAAAAGCUGACCGUGCAGAAGGGAAACGCCAAAACUAGGCUGGCCAUGAACGCACCCAUGGUCCAAUCGAUAUCCCCACCAAAGUUCAGACCCAUGGUUAAGGUACCGAUACCAAUCAGUCAGUCGGUAAAUCAUGUCGUCGAUCAGCUAACCGCUCAACUGAAGGAAGCUGCCAUGAUGCACAAAUCCAAAGACAAUCUACCGGAGGAUCGUGAUACGUACGAAGCAUUCGGACCAAAGGAUCCCUUCAGAAAGGCUUCCAUUUAUCUAAUCAUGGACCAGCCAAGAAAUCCGUCAGGUGCUUCGACAAACGAACCUUCAAAGGAUUCGUGGGUUAUUCAACCGAUUGAGCAACCAAAUAUGCACAAGGAUGAAGCGACGAAUCGUUAUUUGGACGAAUCAAUUGAACAUCCUAGGCAAUAUAUAAAUCAAAAAGCGGCAAGUCAGUCGAGAAAUGAAUCAAAGAUCCCAGCUGGGAAUCAUAUGAUAGGCUCUCCAAGGAAGUCAGCUGGAGUGCACCAUUCAUUGAAUCAGUAUGUGAUGCCGCCAAAGGCUAGAAGGCUCCCAAUGAGGAAUCCAUCGAAAAGCUCUUUGCUUCCGAGGUCCAGAGAGUCGAAGGCAAGAAUAUCGAAGAAUCCGUACAUUGAAGAAAGCAAAACUUUAUCGAGGCUUCCAGCCCGGAGACCACCUCCCGUUUCGGUCAAUAGACCCAGUCAGCCCUCCACAUCCACUGGAAUCCCAAAGGUGCUGCCUCCCCCAGAACCGCAAAAACCAGAAACUCCAAUUGUUGGCAAGAUCAUAAGGAAGGAACAGCAUAUGGUUCCUCGUACCAUGGAAGACGGCAUCGAUAUGAGCUACCAGUACUUCGUGUCUAUUCCCCUCAAGCGUGGUAGGAAGCCACAGGUGGUUCGCUACCUAUACCGUCCAAUGGUGCGCCAACUUAACGCUCCCACUUCGCCCAAUCGACGCUCAAGGCGGGCAAGUAGGAAAGCAGCGGCGGCGGCAGCAGCUGCAGCGGCCAGCGAUGAUGAGCAGUUAACGGCAGCGGAAGGGGGAUCACCUAAGACAGAUCCCGAGCUGAAAGCACUGGGCGGAGUGCCUGUGCCGCUGGAGGAUCCACCGCAGGUUAAGGAGCCGGUAGUUAAGCAAAAGAUUAUGCUAGAUCCCGAGGCAGUUCUAAAUGGUCCGUACGAGGUGCCACCGCUCAAGCUGGAUGCCCGCUACAAGUCGAUGAUGGAGCAGUUGGCCCAGAUGCCGUAUCCCGAGGACCGAACACCCCGUUCUCGUCGUCGACGCUCAAAUCGCCAAGCGCGCGCUGCCGGUGGCGCUGACCAGGGGCCGACAUCGGUGCAAGACAUGGGCGUUGGAGACGGUGACGCGCUCCAAAGUGAUAUGAACUCCCUGCAGCAGGUGUCCUCCAUAUGGAAAUCUGGUUCGCGCUUGCCAAAACCAGUCAACUAUCAACCAGAACCUAAACGUCUGUGCACGGCUACCGGUGCCCCCAUGUCAUAUCAUUCUCCGGUGCAAUUCACACACUCCGUGGCGGAAUCGGAUCACUUUAUUCUGCCAGCUGAGCCGAUGAUUCAGACCAUAACCUAUGACGACAUCGAGCAGACGGAGCAAAAGCUACUGGAUGAGAAGCCGGAUCAAAAGGAGGAGGAACGCAAGGAGGGAACAACCAAAUCAGUGAGCUUUCAUCCUGGCGAGGCAGAAGUAAGUGAGUUCCACUUGAGCAGCAGCACCAUCAGCAUCAGCUUAACUUCGAGCAGCAACUGUGGCGUAACCAAGACCAAAGCCUCGCGCACCGCCAAGAAGAGGAAGUCCAAGUCCAAGGGAAGGGGCAAGUUGCGCAAGUGAUAAGAGGUUCGAGCAAUCAGGAGUGGACCAACAAGUAUCCGGUCCUACUAAGCGAUUUUCAUUGAUCUCCAUAGCAUACAUAGAUUUGAAAACUGAUUCUUUUUUAACCUUUACAAAUUAUACGUGAUUUUGUAGGCUUUGAAUAAACUACCAUAUAAAUAUAAAUGGUAA